UAGCGCCUUUAGCGUCCUGCCCUGCUGUUCGCUGGCAGGAGUUGGCUGUUUACUCCUAACCCUGUGCUUCUUCUGCUGACUACAGUUUCAAGUUCGCUUACUCUCUUCCCUGCAGUAUGGGGCCGGCGCCGCGCGUCCUGGAGCUCUUCUACGAUGUGCUGUCCCCCUACUCCUGGCUGGGCUUUGAGGUCCUAUGCAGAUACCAGCACCUCUGGAACAUCAAGCUGCAGUUGCGGCCGGCUUUAAUCGCUGGGAUCAUGAAAGACAGCGGAAACCACCCACCAGCUGCGGUUCCCCGAAAAGGCCAGUACGUGUACAAAGAGAUCUCUCUCCUGAAACAGUUCUUCCAGGUUCCCAUCCGCUUUCCCAAGGAUUUCUCUAAUGUGGUUCUUAAGAAAGGAAGUACAAGUGCCAUGCGCUUCCUCACUGCUGUGAGCAUGGAGCAACCAGAGAUGCUGGAAAAGGUGUCCAGAGAGCUAUGGAUGCGAAUUUGGUCUCAAGAUGAAGAUAUCACAGAGUCCCAGAGCAUCCUGUCUGCAGCAGAGAAGGCAGGAAUGUCCGCACAGCAAGCCCAACACUUUCUGGAGAAGAUUUCCACAGAACAGGUGAAAAACAAGCUCAAGGAGAUCACUGACGCAGCCUGCAAAUAUGGGGCCUUUGGGCUGCCUACCACUGUUGCCCAUGUGGAUGGUAAAACCCACAUGCUCUUUGGGUCUGACCGUAUGGAGUUGCUAGCAUACCUGCUAGGAGAGAAGUGGAUGGGCCCUGUUCCCCCAACCCCAAAUGCCAGACUUUAAGACUGCCUCAGAAAGUAAUCUUUGAUUUCUCUGACAAAACUGACUUCUGUGGCCCCAUGAGCUGGAGCAGGAGUCCACCUUUGGCUGUGGCUGUCUUUACUUCUGUGCCUCAUAAGUGCCUUUUGAAAAUCCUUACGUUCCACAUUCCCAUAAAAUAAACCUGAUGCCACUGGACAAAGCA